AUGCACCUUUCCCUAAAAACCGAAAAAGAGGCAUAUAUUGAGGCACAUCUUCAAACCCUAGUCUGCUCUCGUCAGCUCACCAGGUCCGUUGAACUCAAAUUCGAAUUCCGAAUUAUGUUCGCGAUUCUCCGAGGCAGACGACUCAGGCUCCCACCGGAGCUCUCUAUUUUAGCCGACCGUCAAUCUUGGGCUUCUGAAAAUGCGGUCUUCUCCAGGCCGUUCACUACCGGGAAACCACCGCAAGAAGUCGCCGUCCGUGCCUCCAGUAAACUCCAGCUGAAAUCGCCUGAAAGAACAGACGCGGUGUUGAAUCUCCUCAGAGAGUACGGAUUCACGGCUGCCGACAUCUCUGUACUGGUCACCCGGUGGCCGAAUGUUCUCUCUGCCCGCCCAGAAAAAACCCUUUUGCCCAAGCUCCAAUUUUUCUCCUCAUUUGGCAUCCCCCUCCCCAUCCUUGCCAGCAGGCUGUCCCGUAACCCUACCAUCUUAAGGUGCAGCCUGAAGAACUCAAUCAUCCCCUUAUUCGAUUUCCUGAAAAACCUGCUCGGGUCGGAUAAGGUGGCCGUUCAAGUCUUUAUACAUGCUCCCCAGUUCUUCAGCUGGAGCCGGGCUGAUGACAUCUCAUCCAACCUCUCGUUUCUAGCAGCCCGCGGGGUCCCUCGGCCAUCUCUCGUGUCACUGGUCACGUACGAGCCAAGAAUGCUCAUGGUUCCUCAGGAGAAGUUAUCCUUGUGUGUGGAUCGAGCAAUAGAAAUGGGGUUUGACGUGUCCAAUUAUGCAUUUGGGAAGGUCAUUCGGGUUUUUGUGCGUUAUGACGAGUCGGCAAUUAAGCGCAAGAUGGAGGUUUAUAGAAAGUGCGGCAUGUCUGAAUCCGACAUCAGGACCGCCUUUCUGAUUCAGCCGCUCUGUGUGGCCUUGUCCGAGAAGAAGAUUUUGGUGGGUAUGGGUUUUCUGGUUGAUAAAUUAGGGUGGGCACCAGGUGACGUGGCCCGUUGCUCUUGGAUUCUUGGGUACAGCCUCGAAAAGAGAAUGAAGCCGAGGUGGGCGGUUGCUGAGGUUUUGAAUGAGAAGGGGCUGAAGAAUGUGGCUAUCACAUCCUUGCUACCUUUAUCUGAGAAGGUUUUCUUGAAGACAUAUAUCGAGAAGUACAAGAAGGAUGUUCCUGAACUUCUGGACAUUUAUCGAGGUAAUCAGAUCCUGGCCCACACCUCUUGA